CGCUGCCCCGAGCGGGUCCCACCCCCGGAGCCUGCCCUUCCUGGGGGCUCUCGGUGGAGUCCCGGGAGCUAAGCGGGACCGGCGGCCGCCGCCGAAGCAUGCAGAAGGGGUAAGGCACGAGCCCCCUGGGUUUCACGGUGAACUGGUACAGAGGUUGAUCUCAAGAUGCCUCUAGUGAAAAGAAACAUUGAUCCUAGGCACUUGUGCCACACAGCACUGCCUAGAGGCAUUAAGAAUGAACUGGAAUGUGUAACCAAUAUUUCCUUGGCAAAUAUAAUUAGACAACUAAGUAGUCUAAGUAAGUAUGCUGAAGAUAUAUUUGGAGAAUUGUUCAAUGAAGCACAUAGUUUUUCCUUCAGAGUUAACUCAUUGCAAGAACGUGUGGACCGUUUAUCUGUUAGUGUUACACAACUUGAUCCUAAAGAAGAAGAAUUGUCUUUACAAGAUAUAACUAUGAGAAAAGCUUUCCGAAGCUCUACCAUUCAAGACCAGCAGCUCUUCGACCGCAAGACUUUGCCUAUUCCCUUACAGGAGACGUACGAUGUUUGCGAGCAGCCUCCACCUCUCAAUAUACUCACUCCUUACAGAGAUGAUGGUAAAGAAGGUUUGAAGUUUUAUACCAAUCCUUCAUAUUUCUUUGAUUUAUGGAAAGAAAAAAUGUUGCAAGAUACAGAGGAUAAGAGAAAGGAAAAGAGAAAGCAAAAGCAGAAAAAUCUUGAUCGUCCUCAUGAACCAGAAAAAGUGCCAAGAGCACCUCAUGACAGGCGGAGAGAAUGGCAGAAGCUGGCCCAGGGUCCAGAGCUGGCUGAAGAUGAUGCUAAUCUCUUACAUAAGCAUAUUGAAGUUGCUAAUGGCCCCGCCUCUCAUUUUGAAACAAGACCUCAAACAUAUGUGGAUCAUAUGGAUGGAUCUUACUCACUUUCUGCCUUGCCAUUUAGUCAGAUGAGUGAGCUUCUGACUAGAGCUGAGGAAAGGGUCUUAGUCAGACCACAUGAACCACCUCCGCCUCCACCAAUGCAUGGAGCAGGAGAUGCCAAACCCAUACCCACCUGUAUCAGUUCGGCUACAAGUUUGAUAGAAAAUCGCCCUCAGUCACCAGCUACAGGCAGAACACCUGUGUUUGUGAGCCCCACUCCCCCACCUCCUCCACCACCUCUUCCAUCUGCCUUGUCAACUUCUUCAUUAAGAGCUUCAAUGACUUCAACUCCACCCCCUCCAGUACCUCCCCCGCCUCCACCUCCAACCACUGCUUUACAGGCUCCAGCAGUACCACCACCUCCAGCUCCUCUUCAGAUUGCCCCCGGAGUUCUUCACCCAGCUCCUCCUCCAAUCGCACCUCCUCUAGUACAGCCCUCUCCUCCAGUAGCUAGAGCUGCCCCCGUAUGUGAGACUGUACCAGUGCAUCCACUCCCACAAGGUGAAGUCCAGGGGCUGCCUCCACCCCCACCACCACCUCCUCUGCCUCCACCUGGCAUUCGACCAUCUUCACCUGUCACAGUUGCAGCUCUUGCUCAUCCUCCCGCUGGGCUACAUCCAACUCCAUCUGCUGCCCCAGGUCCCCAUGUUCCAUUAAUGCCUCCAUCUCCUCCAUCACAAGUUAUACCUACUUCUGAGCCAAAGCGUCAUCCAUCAACCCUACCUGUAAUCAGUGACGCCAGGAGUGUACUACUGGAAGCAAUACGAAAAGGUAUUCAGCUACGCAAAGUGGAAGAGCAGCGUGAACAGGAAGCUAAACAUGAACGCAUCGAAAACGAUGUUGCCACCAUCCUGUCUCGCCGUAUUGCUGUGGAGUAUAGCGAUUCAGAAGAUGACUCAGAAUUUGAUGAAGUAGAUUGGCUGGAGUAAGAAAAAUACAUUGAUAAAUAUUACAAAACUGAAUGCAGAUGUCCUUUGUGGUGCUUGUUCUUUGAAAAUGUUUGGUCAUUCUAGUGUUUUGCUUUCUUUUCCUUAUAAUAAAUAAUGCUUUUCCUCCAUAAUUUUUUAUUUCUAAGAAAAGUAUUAGCAUACAUUUCAAACUAAAUGUUUUACAGUGACUUAUCUUAUUUUUGUUUCCCUGAAAAGACAUAAUUUGGUCAAAUAAACCACUAAGUAUUAAGCAUGUACAGCUGUUGUUAGAGUAGCAGAUUCAGUUUUUUGAUAUAUCUUAAUUGUGCACUUUGUGAAUUUUAAUUUAAAGAAAGCAGCUGAGAUUGGAAUCUUGAGGGCAGCUGUAUCUAUUAAUGAGCCUUAUUCCAUUUCCUGAUGUUUUAAAAGAAGAAACACUGCCUUGAUUAUAGGAAUAUACUCAGAAAGUAUGUUUAGCUUGUAGUGUUGAAUUCUUAAAGGAAUGCUUGAAUUUUUUUAUUAUUGUUUUAUUGUUUUUAAAUACUUGCCUUAUUUGAAUGUUUAGCAGUACCCCCUUCCCACUUAUAUAUUGUGUGGUAUGAUUUUGCUUGCAUAUAGGAGUUUAAAUUUUUUUCAUGUGAAAUACUAUGACUUAAACAUACAUGUA